AUGGCUAGAGCACGGUUUAAUCGUCCUAAGUUAAUUGUACUGUCAGUUGAUUCUUCAACAAAAAGAUUGAGAGCACAAAACGGAAGAGUCUCCAAAGCGUGCGACUUAUGUCGAAUGAAGAAGAAGAAAUGUGAUGGUUUACAGCCCUGUAGUCAAUGUAAGCCGCAUAAGGUAGCUUGCACAUACAGUGGAAAGUGUAACAGAGGCUCAGCAGCAAGUUUAAGUUCCGGUGCCAGAGAAACUGGUAGAACGAGAUCUCCAAUGAUCAAAAACCUAGUUGAUGAGAGGAGCGGACCCUUAUCGCCUGCAUUAGUCAAGAGAUUCACUAGGGGUGGAUCGACCGAUGAGGAUAAUAGUGUUACAAUCGCGCUACCGGAAAAGGAAGUGGCAUUGAAAUUGAUUCAGAAGACAUGGGAUAAUGUAUGCGUCCUUUUCAGAUUUCUGUAUCGUCCCUCGAUCUUUGCGACGGUUGAUGAACUGUAUGACAGUUGGGAUCUUUUGCAGUUAAGUACUGUACAGGAAAAAGAGUUGUCACUAAUAUAUUCUGUUAUGGCAGUAGGGGCACUCUUCACGCGAAGGGAUUUGGAUAAGACCGACGUUGCGAAAAGAGAUUUUUAUGAAGAUGAAGGGUAUAACUAUUUUGUGACAGCGCAAUCACUAAUUAAUAUCACUAGCAUCAAUGACAUAUAUUCAAUUCAAACCAUGUUUAUGCUUACCAUGUUUUUACAAUGCUCGGGAAAUCUAAAGAAAUGUUAUUCUUAUAUUGGUAUAGCUUUACGAGCGGUAAUCACAGAAGGUUUGCAUAGGAAAAAUUCGUUAGUUGGGCCCACGCCUAUUGAAGACGAAACAAAGAAAAGACUUUUCUGGUCAGUUUACAAAGUUGAUGUCUACAUGAGCUGUGUCUUAGGGCUUCCACGAUCUAUCUCUGACAGUGCAAUAAACCAGGCAUUUCCUAAUGACGUCGAUGAUGAAAGAAUUACAGAGGAGGGAAUCAUGAUUCAAGAAUUUGGUAAGAUAAGUUCAUGUGGUAUGAAUAACGAACACACAAAACUGAUGCUAAUAAUGGCACGUAUCCACGAGAGCUUGUAUCCAGUUUUAAAGUGGGAUGAAAAGACUUACAUGAAGAUUAUCAAUUUUCAAGAACAAUUAGAUCAAUGGCUUUUGAAGUUACCAGUUCAAUUGCAUCCAAGUUACGGAUUUUACGAUGAGAAAACAAAAGACUACUACUACAAACCUAAUAGACUAUUAUAUCUGGACUACCUUUUGACAAAGAUUAUACUGCACAAACCGUUUAUUCACUAUAUUUCCAUCGAUGCAGGAAAGUCAUCAAUUUACGAAUUUCAACAUUCAAUGGCAAAAAAUUGUAUUCGAGUAGCACAUGAAGUUAUAGAUCUUUCCAAUCAAAUGAUCGAAAACAAUUUAUUGAGCGGCAGCUAUUGGUUUUCCAUUCAUACCAUUUUUUUCAGUGUGACUUGUCUGAUGUUUUACCAACACCAAAUUAAUUUGGGUCUAAUUGCCAAGAAGGAUAGCAUUGUUGAAAAGAAUUGUGAUCUUGGGAUACGAAAUUUAUUAAAAUUGAAAGAUUCAACUUCUGCUGGUCAACGCUCUUUUAUCGCAUUGAAUUCUAUUUUUAAGGAAUUCAACAAAAAAACCACAGACGCUUAUCUUAGAGUUAUGGCAAAUUUAAAUGCACAAAAUGCGCAUGAUCAAGAAAGGGAAAUGAUAUCAAUCAGGCAAAUUCAACCCCCGAUCAAGGAACAUGUUCCAGUUUCAUCAUCCACCUCGGACCCACCUGGUAUCACUGAUGAGCUCUUGGAUCAAUUAUUGAUGGAUUUUGAUAUACCGAUCAGUAACAUUCUGCCGGACUUUGAACUGACUUCCUUUUUCCCAAAACCAAAUGAUGAUUAUAGUUUGUCAUAG